GUUAAAUGAUAAAUAUUCCUACAGUUCAAUGUUAAUUUUAAGGCAGAAAAAAGAGGUGGGAACAAACAAAUAAAUGGCAGCGAGACCAUAGUACGUACGUGUCAUUAUUUCCCUUGUCCAUGAAAAAGCAAGGAAAUCGUUAUACGUCAAAGAGUGAUUCAUCGGACCAAUCAGAGAGAGCAAGCUUGUAGGUAGGCAAAUCGCCGUCCCCGUUUGAUAUUGUGAUUGCCGGGGAGUGGAAAAAACGCAUUAAAUCCCGGCCCCAACCAUCGAUCAACCAACUAACCGGCCGACCCACGACCGAAACCCAUCCUCUGCUUUUCCCUAUAUAAACCCUCCUCCGGCAGCUUCAACAUUCACUCACCCAGCAAUCUUCUCUCGAUCGAGCAGCUUUCUAAAAUACAACACCUUUCUCUUACCUUACACUUCUCGUAGCCCUUUUUUGUUGUGAAGAAUGGCCGGUGCAGCAGCGAAGGUGGUGUCGAUGGUCCUGGUGUGCGCCUUGGUGGCAGCUCCAUACAUGGCGUCGGUGGAUGCCAUAACAUGCGGUCAAGUGGCGAGCAACCUGGCUCCAUGCCUGGGUUACCUGAAGGGCCCUGGGCCCGCCCCCGUCCCGGCGGGAUGCUGCAACGGGGUGAAGGCCCUCAACGCUGCAGCCCAGACCACACCCGACCGCCAAGCUGCUUGCGAGUGCUUGAAAUCCACCGCCGGCUCAGUCGGCGGCAUCAACCCCGGCAAGGCCGCUGGCCUCCCCGGUGCCUGUGGCGUCAACAUUCCCUACAAGAUCAGCACCAGCACCAACUGCAAAUCCAUCAAGUGAAGCAUACGUGUAAGCGAACGUGAGCAGGGAAUUAAGCGGCCAUAUUAGUUUCUGCGCUAAUAUAGUUAUUAUCAAUAAUAAAAUGUGAUACGAGUCUAGUACGUACUGUGGUGGCUCUUCAUUGUCUCUCCACUGGUCUAUGGAUCCUUUGUGUUUUGUAACGUUAGUUGUGAGUUGGCCACAGGUGAUUCAUGUAUGUGCGGCACUAUAUGGUUGAUAACACGUACGUAAAUAUUGGCACUUUUAUGUAAUGAAAUGGGGAUGGGAUUAGGUGAAGGGUUAGCACCGUGAUAACUAGCAAAAAAUGCUACUAAAAAUAACGAAAUCACUACGGAUUAGUAUAAAAUCAAUACAACAUCUAAGCUAAAUCACUACUAAUUCAAACUAGUAGUAGUUUUUUCCUUGGUUAGGACGGUGCUAACUAUUGUACAAUUCGCACCGUAACCGCUCCCAAUGAAAUGAAAGUGGCUAGCGGUAUGCAUAUGCUGCCACUUCAUCUUUUAUCUUUUAUUAUGGGUUAAUACUUUAUUUUGGCCUCAACUAUAACCAUAUAAUUAAUUUUGAUCCGUGAUUUCAGAAAUUAACAUCCUGACCUCAGUUAUGCAACAUAUAUAUUUAAUUGGCGCGACACAUGGUUUGACCGUCAAUUUGGACGGUCAACACCGUUCACCAUUAAUCAACACGCCAUGUCAUUGCCUCAUAAGCCUAAAAAUCAUUAAAAAAAUUCAAAUUCAAAUUCAAAUUAUUUAUCAUUAUCAAAUUAACCAAAAUAUAAAUUAUAAUAAUUUUUUUUUUUAAUUUUUUGGGUAAUUUGAAAAUGAUAAAUUUUAUAAAAUCACCAAAAUUAUCAAAUGAUUUUAAAUUUUUUUAAAUUUUAUUUUCUGGUUAAUUUGAAAAUGAUAAAUAAUAGAAAUUAGAAAAAUAAUUUGAAUUUGAAUUUUUUAAUGAAUUUUAGGCUGACAUGGCACUUUGACUAAAGGUCAAUGGUGUUGACCGUCCAAAUUGACGGCCAAACCAUGUGUUGGGCCAAUUGAGACUAUAUGCUGCAUAGUUGAGGGCAGGAUGUUAAUUUUUGAAACCACGGGCCAAAGUUGAUUAUAUGGUCACAGUUCGGGCCAAAAUAAGGUAUUAACCCUUUUAUUACUGGCAAUUUAUAAUAUAAUCUACCGAUACAGUCCAUCUACAUCAUUUGACUAAAAUCCAAUGGGAUUGAUAGAUUCACGGAUCGUUUGCAAAUUACAUUUUAGUACCAAUAUUUUUAUACUUUACAAUUUGGUACCUAAUAUGUAUUUUUCAUACAAAAAGUGUCAUUGUAAAUUUUUUGUUGAGUCGGUUUAUGUUAUAUCAUAAAAAAAGGAUUGUUGA